AUGGCCGGGCUGAUAGGCUUCGCCCAAGGGACAGUGGCGACGCCGGAUGAGCACCACCCCGACUUGCGUGCGGAGUUUCGUGCCGUGCAGCUGUUGACCUUCACGGCGUGGCACUUCAUCGAGUCGACCUACCAAGUCACCGACGACCUGUUCAUCACCCAUCUGGAGGGGCAGCUGACGCACCUGCGUAUGGGCGACGAGGAGACGGCGACCGACUACUGCAACCGGGCUCGGCGAAUUCUCGCCACCAUCAGGAUGGCCGGCGCGCAGUACUCGAUGGCGUCGUACGUCACUCAUGUCAUGCAGGGACUCUCGAGCAGCUACAACCUUCUGAAGCGGCUGUCGAUGGCGCUGAGCACGAGGACGACGCUCAACGAGGACAACUUGACCUCGUACAUCCUGCAGGACGAGGCGAUGCAGGAGGCUGAGCGGUCCCAGGAGCUCUUGGCGCAGGCAAACUUUGUCGCCUGGCCGAAGCAAGGAGGUCGACCGGAGCAGCGCGGACAGUCUGGCGGCGGUGAAAGCAGUGGCUGGAAGUCGACCAAGGAAGUCGACAAAAAGAAGUCGACCAAGGACAGCUGUCGAGGAGUAGGAAGUCGACGUCGGGAGUGCUGGCUGUGCGACGACCCCGACCACCUCUCCUUCGAGUACCCCGACCGCAGUGACUCCGACGACGACGACGCCAAGGGAGGCCGUGGGAGGUCUGGCAGUCAUCGUCCUCGUCGAGGAGGAAACAAGCCGUGCAAGGAAAAGCAGUCAACGACGUCGACCUCGGCGAAGGACGCCGACUCCUCUGCUGGCGGCAAGGUGCGGGACGACAAGACGGCGUCGUGCUCGUUGGUCCGCAUCGUGGAGCCGACCGGCCGCGGCACUGUCGACCUGCAAGGGGAGGCCGGGAAGCAAGUGCUCAUCCCCGACGUGCUCUACGUCCCGGGUGUGCGGGCGAACCUACUUUCAACCGGCCAGCUGAAGGAGAACGACGUGAAGCUGCAGGAGGACGGCGACGAGAUGCUACUCGUCUAG